AUGUGGCAGGAGGCGCGUAACUCUGACGGUCGAGUUUACUACUACAAUGUACAGACGAAGGCGACGCAAUGGGCGAAGCCCAUCGAGCUGAUGACGCCUGUAGAGCGUGCCUUGGCAAACCAGCCGUGGAAGGAAUAUACUGCUGAGGGUGGUCGGAAAUACUGGUACAACACCGAAACCAAGCAAAGCACGUGGGAGAUGCCAGAUGUUUACAAAACUGCUCUGGCACAGGCUCCAGCGCCUCAGGCUCCUCCAGUGGCGUAAGUCUACAGCCAAAUUUUCCUCUCAAUGCGCUCAUGAUACUGACGUGACUAUGCAUAGGGGUCCGACUUUCGUUGCAGGUGGUGUUAGCUCCUUUUCUUCCUACCCACAACAGCGUGACCGCGACGACUAUGAUCGAGGCUAUGGCGACCGACGUGGAGGAUAUGGUUCGAUGGAUACCAAUGGCAUCGCCGCGGCCCCUGUCCUAGGUACACAGCAAGCCGAACCGGAAUACGGCUCUCUCGAAGAGGCAGAGAGCGCAUUCAUGAAAAUGCUGAAGCGCCACAACGUGCAACCCGACUGGAGCUGGGAACAGACCAUGCGUGAAACCAUCAAGGAUCCCCAGUAUCGUGCCCUCAAAGACCCCAGAGACCGCAAGGCAGCAUUUGAAAAAUAUGCGGUCGAGGUUCGCAUGCAGGAAAAGGAUCGGGCGAAAGAAAGAUUCGCUAAGCUCAGAGCAGAUUUUAAUACCAUGCUGAAGCGCCAUCCUGAGAUUAAACAUUACAGUCGCUGGAAGACCAUCCGACCGAUCAUCGAGGGCGAAACGAUCUUUAGAUCUACAGAUGAUGAAAACGAGAGGCGCCAGCUCUUCGAGGAAUACAUUGUUGAGCUCAAGAAGGAGCACAUCGAGGAGGAAGCUGUUAAGCGCAAAGCUGCUAUGGAUGAGCUGGUGACUAUCUUGAAGUCCCUGAACCUGGAACCAUACACACGCUGGUCUGAAGCACAGGCGAUUAUUCAGUCAAAUGACAAAGUCCAAAGCGAUGAUAAAUUCAGAACCCUGAGCAAGUCCGAUAUUUUGACUGCAUUCGAGAACCACAUCAAGUCCCUUGAGCGGGCCUUCAAUGAUGCGCGUCAGCAACAAAAGGCUGCAAAGGCGAGAAAAGAGCGUCAUGCCCGCGAGCAGUUUAUCGAGCUUCUGAAAGAGCUGAGAUCUCAGGGUAAGAUUAAGGCCGGAAGCAAGUGGAUGAACAUCUACCCCUUGAUCCACGAGGAUCCUCGGUACGUUGGUAUCCUGGGUAACUCCGGAUCUUCUCCCCUGGAUCUAUUUUGGGAUAUGGUUGAAGAAGAAGAACGCUCGUUGCGUGGCCCGCGUAACGAUGUCUUGGAUGUACUUGAUGACAAACGCUUCGAGGUUACACCAAAGACCACUCUUGAAGAGUUCAACGCUGCUGUAUCCGGUGAUCGCCGCACGGCCAAUAUUGAUCCCGAGAUACUUGAACUGAUUUUCCAGCGUAUCCAGGAGAAGGCUGUCCGACGAAGCGAGGAAGAGAAGCACGCUGCAGACCGUCAUCAGCGCCGUGCUAUCGAUUCAUUGCGUUCCCGGAUCAAACGCCUCGAUCCCCCUGUCCGUGCAACUGAUACUUGGGAACAGGUGCGGCCAAGAAUCGAAAGAUUCGAUGAGUACAAGUCUCUGGAGACCGAUGAGCUCCGACAGGCCGCCUUUGACAAGGUUAUUCGCCGCCUGAAGGAGAAGGAGGAGGACGCGGAACGAGACCGCGAGACCCGCGACAGGGAUCGCGGAAGUCGCCGUGAUCACCACGACCGUGAUCGUGAUCAUCGCAGCGGGCCAUCCUAUAGAGGCGAAAGAAGGGGAACAUCUAGCCGUCUUAGCCGAACCCCAGAACCAGAUGCCUACGAGGCAGAUCGCCGUAAAGCCCAAGCAGACCGUGAACGCUCCUACCGGAAGGCCAGCGGUCUAUCACCCGUCCGAGAGCGACGGGAAGAGCGUGAUCGAGACAGGGAACGUUACCGUGAGCGUGAGCGGGAUAGGGACCGCGAUCGCGACUGGGACCGUGAUCGCAGCGCACGUCCUCUUAGCCACUACGAACGCGAGCGUCGCGAGCGCGAGGAAGAGCGCGAACGCCUCUAUCGCACACGCGGUGAUCCCCGCGGAGGUCGGGAUGAGCUGGAUUAUGGUGCCGAUACCAAGAGCACCACAAGCAAUGAUCGUAGGCGCAGACGCGACAGCGACACCGAAAGUGUUGCCAGUCGCUCUGCAAAGCGGUACCGACGUGAUAGUCGGGAGCGCGAACGCAGCCGGGGUGCCAGGCGAGAUCGAGACCGUCGCGAGCGGACUCCAGCGGCGACCGAUGAUGGAAAGAAAGAGGAAAAGGCCGUCCACUCCGGUAGUGAAGAAGGGGAGAUUGAAGAAGAUUAA